CUCCGGUCCGAACUGGCAGAAAAGCCUCCGAAGAAUCGCCGUUAUCAAGAUCAACGACGUCAUAUGACACGCUAAGGAAUUAUGGUCGGACGGAUGAAGGAGCUUGAAGUUUCAACAUUCUUCUUCUUUCUCAACAUCCACCAUGCCUGCUAGUAAAUCCAUAAAACUCAACACCGGCGCUGAAAUGCCGACCCUUGGCCUCGGUACUUGGCGCUCUCAACCUGGAGCUGUCGAGCACGCCGUGGAGUACGCACUCAAGAAUGGCUAUCGAAACAUUGACACUGCUACUGCCUACGGAAACGAGUCCGAAGUAGGCCAAGGAAUCAAAAAGUCUGGCGUUCCUCGCGAAGAAAUCUUCUUGACCACCAAGUUGAACAAUCCUGAUAUGGGUCGCCCGAAAGAGGCACUCGAGUAUUCUUUGAAGCAGCUUGACACGCCUUACCUCGAUCUCUGGCUCAUGCAUUGGCCUGCACCCAUGACUAAGGAAGGUGGAGCGGACAAGUCUAUUGACUGGCUCGACACCUGGCACGAGAUGGAGAAGCUCUACAAGGCUCAUCCAGAGAAGAUCAAAGCCAUCGGUGUCAGCAACUUUUCUGUCGAAUACCUGAAGCGUCUGUUGUCCAACAGCGAAGUUGUGCCUGCCGCUAAUCAAAUCGAGUUGCACCCUUCCUGCCCUCAACAGGAAGUCAUCGACCUUUGUGUCAGCAAAGGCAUCGCCGUCACUGGCUAUUCACCGCUCGGAUCAGAGGGCGCGCCGUUGUUGAAGAAUCCGACUGUGGUGAAGAUCGCUGAGAAAUACGGUGUAAAGCCUGGAACCAUUCUCAUCUCAUUGCAAGCUAAUAGGCCGAAAGUUAAUGUUCUCCCUAAAUCCGUUACCAAUGAACGUAUCCUUGCCAACGCAACGAUCAUCGACCUAGAACCUGCCGAUGUUGUUGAACUCAACCAAAUCGCGAAGACGGAGCCAUUCCGUGCCUGUCACCCGAGCUGGGCUGGUUGGGGCAACCUGGGCUUCACUGAGAGCGUCUAGAAAUAGAACUUAAGAAUUUAGAUAUAUAGAGCCAGAAGAGAUGGUGUUUCUAUAUUGUUAUGCAUAAUCGAAGUAUUCGCCAGCAAUGUACAUAUCUCAAUUCGGGCAACGGUGGACUAUUCUAUGAGAA